AUGCCUCCAGCCAAGCGCAUGAAAACAGCGACUGUGCGCGAGGAGAAAUUGCCACCAGACGCUACCACUGGCAUAGGACUUUUGACUACUAUACGACACGAGACUAUUAGCUUGGACCUCCCCGCCAGCUGCUCAGACAAUAAUACCUGGCAUGGUGUAUUCCUCCCGACUAUUGCACAUGCUGCUGGCGGAGAGAACAUCGAUCCAUGGUUCAUUGACGAUAACAGUCUGAUCACAAUCCUUCUGAAAGCCUGGAGGGUUGUGUACGCAGGGAAACCUUCAUUGAAACACUGCAUUGAUGCAGUUUUUCAUGCGUCCAAGCGAGCGUUGUAUCGGUGGCGCGCUGGAUUUGGAUCUGCUGCCAUGAUGAUGACCACGAACGUCAUGUCAUCUAAUCCUGCUGCAUUUUUGACUUAUGAGCAACGCUCCGCGUUUGCCAAGUAUUAUCUUUAUAAAAACCGGUUUCUUUUCAAGAACGAUUCUUCUAACGACAAGAAGUUUGGGAAAGCCGGGCUACCUGUUGAGUGGACAGGGAUGUGGCAAUCGCCGUCCAUACUGCAAAUAUUUGCGGCCCACCUCGAUUACACUCGAGGUCGUGUGUCCGUCGAAGCUCUCGGAAGCGAAGAGCAACUCAGUCGAGUAGCACUUGCGCUCUCUGCAGCAGCGGUUAAGCGCACAUUGCGUCUCCUUUCAACCGGAGAGAUGAGUUUUGAGGUCACAACUGCAGUUGCGAAAGGCAAGAAAAAGGUCAUACGAAAGAGUGAGACUCAGGCCUCGAACAGUGACUUAUGGAAAGUUAUGAUAAGCAACAAUGAGGACUUCUCCGAGUCGCUAUGGGGGUAUGAUAGCCGUAUGUUUCUGACAGCAAUCAACCGCAUACCCGCAGAAAAUAUGCUGGAAAUUGAGAAGAGCGCAGAACCAUUCAUGGCAACCGCCACUGACCACACAGAGAUAAAUAGUGUGGAUGAUAUUGAUAUUGAUGCAGAGUACGUCGAUCUCUUGAAUUUCCGAUGA